GGCAGUCAGGGGACGGCUGCGGUAGGGGCACCAUGUUUUUGGAACUGGAAGUGAUGUGACUACAGGGGAGCACAUACCAGGCAUCUAAUAAAGAUGCCGAGGAAUCUAUCGUCGUCGGCGUUUAUGAAACCGUUCGUGGUGCUGGCAUUGCCGGGAAUGUAUUUGUUCUACAAGUACAGCCAGUACAAGCGCCAACAGCAAGAACAGAACCGACGACGAGUGACGGAGAGGGAGUUGGCCCACCUCAACCAUAAGAUUGACAAACUGUUGACGAAAUUGGAAGAGAAUGAACCCGAACUCGCAACAUCUCAGGAGGAUGAGUGUGUCAUCUGCGUCAACGCCAAAGCCACUAUGCAGACAUCGCCCUGUGGCCACCGCGUCGUCUGCCGCAAGUGCUUCGUCAAGACCAUCCAGAUGGCGGUGUCGCAGAGACUGUUGCCGCUGAGGUGUGUCAUCUGCCGGGCCAAGAUCUUGCGGCUGAAGCAGUCGUCCAGUCAGUCCUGGGUGUUGCCAUCAUCUGCGUCUGGGUACAGUGUGGGAGGCAAGACAUGGGUAGUUCCCUCCUCAGCCAGUCAGUACCACAUGGCUGUGCCCAACUCCGAGUCACUCUACUCCAUGGCCUCUGGCUCUUCAUCAUUAUCAGGUGUGUCUUCCGUAAGUUCUGCCACCAACUCCAGCAGUGGUAGCUCUGGUCAUGGUGACAAGUAUGACAAGUACCGUUAUCCUCGUCAACCCAUCUCCGGUUCAUUACGCAAGUCUCAGACACAAUCCAUGAAGUACCGGCUGCAGGAGUACAAGGAAGUCCCCCGGGGGGAACCACAGGAGAAGCCCAGGUUGCCUCCCAUCCAGGAGUUCCAGAGGGAAUACCGGGCUGGGAAGGAACGCUCCACCUCUACCAGGAUACGAUGCGCACAAAAAAUAGUAACUCAGUUGGAAACAACACCACUCGUGAGCAAUAACAAUAAAAACAAAACGUACUUCCGUUCUCCUCUCAAGCCCACAAACAAAGAGCCAGAGAGAAAGAAGCCUCCAAUAGUGAUCCAAAAACCAAAGGUAAAAGAGGAGAGGCAUAAGGAGGAGAAAACCAGUGACAAUAAGAAAAAUAAUGAAGAAAACAUUGAUAGGGACCCAACCACAUCAACAAGAGAUGACAAGAGUAAAAAGAUUGACAAAAAGGAAAAGAAAGAAGAGAAAAAAGAAAACAAAAAGGAAGUGAAGCAAGAGAAGCCAAAGGAGGAAAAGAAGGAACUGACCAAAGCCGAGAAAAAGGAAAUAAAGAAGGAAGCCAAGGCUGAAAAAAAGAAUGCAAAAAAGGAAGCUAAACUUGAAGCUAAGAAAGAGAAGAACGAGAAGAAAGAAAAGUCAGACAAAAAAGAAAAGAAAGAAGAAUCUGUUAAGAAAUAAUUUUUAGUAAUUUGUUUUAAGGUAAAAGUGACAAGCAGGUAAAAUUGUUAAGAAAGAAGGUUUUUGGUAACAGUAUUUUUUACAUGCUAUACUGAUGAAUGAACAGCAGAAUUACGAAUUUUUUAGGUCUAAAGAUUUCAAUUUAAUAAAUCUAUUUUACUGCUGAUAUUGCCAUAAUAUUUAUAUGUCUGUAUUGUCCAGUUGUUCCUUCUAAAGAGUUUUUAAAACUAGGAGUGUAGUCUGUAAAUUAGGUCCCAUCAAGCUUCCUCCACAACCAGGUAAGCUAGUUCCAAUCGGAGUGCAACUCCAUAUUGCUUACUUGACCCACUAUGAUUCUAGCCAUUUCCCACCCUAUGGGACGAGUAGUCUCUUCAUAGUUUUCUGAAACCCCAUAACAGGAAAAGAACACGCCGGCCAAUUAUUAAUCACGUUUUGUGAUUAAGUUUCUGUAGGAAGGGGGUCAAUCCAUGUUGAUUGCAUUUGCUAGUCUGACAAAUGUGUAGGCAGAAAAGUGUUUUGGCUUAGAAAAUAUGCAUAAAAGCUCGCAGAAGUGUCAGGAAGUGUGUGGAGUCAGUCCACGUUUUCCUCAAGAAGGUCGGUAGCAAAUGUCCAUCAGUUUAUAUCAAGACAGCUAUUGGAAUUUAGGCAACCUUGUUUGUUGAACGACAUGUUUCAGAAUUCCAGAGCAAGAUAAUCUUAUAGAGACUUCUAGUUAUUAGUUCGACAAUCUCUCUUGGUAAACCACCAUUUACAUGAAAAAUUCACUAGCUUCAGUCACUGCUUUAAACAAGAGUGAUGAAAGACAACAGUCGACUUUCGCUAUAGGUAACAUUGUGCUGAUUUCAAAGACCACCUACUGCACAUUUCUACGUUCAAACAUAAUACUUCAUUCAUGUCUGGCAACUGGAGAUAAAAGAUUUAAAAGUGGUUGAUGAAUGCUAUCACUAAUAUCUAAAUACAGAACGUGCUCUUUACUUGGCGGGAGCGUCAAUUUUCUUUAAAACCCUUUCAAAUAUCAUGACGAUAUUAUCAGGGUGAUAACCGGUUAGAAUAUAGUAGUUGAAUAAAGUAAUGGACGUGAAAGUGGCCUCAGUUGUGAACUAGCUCUAAUGGUUACAACAGGAGCUCAAAGGAGAUAUCUAAGUCUACAGACAACCCUCUUAAAACAAUUAUUUCUUUUGAACCUAAGACAAAUACCAUAGAAAUAAUGUUUGAGAUUGUAUUUUUCAUUGUAAUACAAGCUUAUAAUACAGCUCUGGAAUAUUUUACCUGCUUGUCACAGUUGAUUACAACGUUCCUUAUGAUCUGUUAUAAACUCGUGACAAAGUCUAUUUUUUGUAGUCUUUUAGUAAAGUGUGGCUGACAUAUCUUACAAUGAUAAGAAUUUGUUUUCAGGAUUGAAACGGAAAUAUUCGAUAUAUACAUUAUAAUUAUAUUAAUAACAUGCAAUCAAUUUAAAGUAAUAAUUAAUAGUCAAUUAACUUUUUAUCUUUUCACAUUUUCAUAAGAAGUUAACUUACAGUAUUGCAUUUUAAAAUAGUCAUUAGAAUGCCAAGUAUAGGGAUCGUGGGGUUGAAGGACUUAGGAAAGGCUGAUUACAAUAACAAGAUUAAAAAUACAUCGGAUAGAUACUCAAUGUUAAAAUAACAAGUAAGUUAAUGGUUUUUAAACAUAAAAAUUGUGUUUUUAACCAUCUUAAUAAGAAAUUAUACCGACCAAGUGAAUUAUAUAAGUAAGGCACCGGGGCUAUACAAAUUAUUGUUUUAUUGUAAUUUAUUAUUCUAGAUUGUCUAUAGAUUGACCUAAUCCUUGUCAAAAUUAGUAAAAACUUUAAAAACCUUUCCCAAUCUAAAGACAAUUUUAAAUUAAUAAUUCAUAGAAUUUAGUUGUGUUUUGCAUAACCUUUUCUCUAAAAAGAAACAAACAAAUUUAAGACUGUUAACAACCAAAGUCAUAUUUCUUAUAAAUAUGAGAUAUUUACUGAAUAAAGUAGAAUAGAUGUCCACCAAUUGACUCCGUAAAUACUCAUAAUUCUCCACAAUUCUAUUCAGCUGGGCAAAUAAUUAAGGUUUUACUUUUGCUUGUAUUAUAAAAAUUUGUAUUUAUUUAAAAAGUAUGUAAACAAAUAUAUUUAAAGAUGUUAUUUAAAAAUCCUUAUGUGAUGUGAAACACUGUAAGACGGUUUAAAAUGAAUAAUGGAAAACGUUUCCAUUAUUUAAACCAAUUUAACCAGUUUUUCAAACUUAGGUUUGAGAAAAAACAUCCUAUGACACUUUGGAAAAGAUUUGACAAUUCAUUAUGAAUAACGAAGGCAUAUGACUAAUUAAAUUUAAGUUAUGUCUUCUAGAUCACCUUGCCUCUUCAAAACAAUAAUCAUAGCACCAAACAAUUCAUGAGUCAAAUCUCCACCCUAAAUCUGGAUUUUUAAAAACUUACUCAACCUAUUCAUACACCUAUCCAUACGUUUUAUAGUCUCAGGGCACAUGUUACAUUGACUGAAAAAUUGUAAAAUUAUAUAAAUAAAACUCAGCAAUUUUCUAAAUGGAAACCAACCAAUAAUUGAGAAAUUUUGGAAAGUUUUGCUGACUUCUAUGAGGAAGUCGCCGAGGCCUUAGUCAGUUACAUCUGUUGUAAAUUAUAGUCUAGUCGCUAGUAUAAGCAACUCCGAAAUAUUUUGUAAUCUUUUGUAGGACGCUGUGUAGCGGUUAGUAGAAAAGAACACUAGUUGUAACUAAACAUGUCUGUUUCUUCUUUUAUAAAAUGCAAUCAUUUGUGUCAUUUAGGUUAGUUUUAAGGUGGAAGAGAAGUAUAACAGAGAUCUGAUACGCAAGCUGCUAUAUAACUGUGUUUACAUAAUUUUUCAGAGUUUUGUGACUGUUUCAAUUUAAUAUGGUAAAAUUAUAUCUGGGAGAUGCCUUAUGAGGAAAAGAUUCUCUGUAUUCUUCUACAAAGAAUUUUGUUGUUUAACCAUAUUUGUGUUGUUUAACCAUCAAAUUAUCCAUGAACGUUUUAGACUAAGUGAGUAUGGUAUAAUUAAUUUCUCCCUUCUGCUGACAAGAAUAUUUUAUCCAAGAUUUUUUUGUAUGGGGUCAUCAAAAAAGUGUUCAGGAUUUCAAUGUUUAUCUACUAAAACACAAACAAGACAUCAAUCUGAAGUUUUCAUCAAACAUUCAACAGAAACUGCUAUUCUUUAGGGAACCAUUGAUGACUUGCUAUAUUUGCAAUAUAUUAUGUAACAUACCAAUCUACUUACUGUAUGUUCUACUAAAAAGGUGAUGAUUCUUUUUUCUGUAAAAAUAUUUACUCGUAACAUUUCUUCAAAUAUCUGACAAGAAAUCGCACAAUACUGUUUAUUUGAGAAUUUGUUGACAUUUUGCUUGCUGCAAAGACAAUUUCUUAUUUUGAGCGGAAACAAGGAAUCUGGAGGAAACAAGCAAUAAGAGGAUAUCUUCCUACACUAAUCCUAACUUUGUACUUUAGUAUCGGUGUUUUAGAAUUUAAUACGAUUUUUAUAUGGCAGAUGGUAAACUCUAGCAUCUUAGCGGAGCAACACGUACAACUCUAAGAAUAGAUCUGAAGCUGAAACUAGAAGUGGAUGUUGAACAGUCUUCUGCAGUUAAGAUGCAGUCUUCUUCUUUGUUGGUUACUAGAGUAUCUUUUAGUAUAAUAUUUUUUUCUCUGUGAUAUAUUACUAGGGGUUUGUAAGAAGCUUGUUACACACAAAUAUUUAUAAGUAGUAAUUUUUUACUCCGAAGAAUGUUUUCCAUAAAUUAGUUUUGAUACUUCAAAAAUCUAAAACAUAUUUUUAGGUUCAUUAUUGUUUCUCUCUAAUAAUUGAUUGUUGGAGUGAUAUUGUUCCUAACAGUUGAAGGAAGAUAGUGGGGUAUCACAGAUUAAGGAUAGUCCCCUGCAUGUGCCAAAUUUUAGAACUUUGUUAAGUAGAGCUUUGAGAUCGGUGGUAGAUAGUUCCAUAAAGAAAUGUUAUAAAUUGAUUGGCCAAUCAUAGCAUCACAGUGUUCAAUUUAAAUGGGGAAGGAGGAUACAGUCUUUACCAAACAAAUAAUCAGAUUUCUCUGAAAAUGCUUCAUUUUAAACAUCUACUAAAUAUUAAAAUGUACACUCGAACAAAUCACAACUAGUGAUGAGAUUUUAUCAAAUGUGUGAUGCAAGGUGAUGAAACCCUCUUUUUUAAUUCACUUGAACACAUUUUUCCUAUGCAACUGAUGGUUAUAGUUCAGGUGUUUAGAAGUACAAAAUAAUGCAAAUAUAAAUCCUAUCUAAAUAUUGUAAUACAUCCAACUAAAAAUCUACCACCCAUUUCAAUGACACAAUAAUGCUAUGAAUAAAUGAGAUACUACAUACUGUAUUUACUGUAUAACUUUGUAGCAUAGGGUUGUAUUGAAUAUAUAAAUGA